UAGAUCUUGAAGGCAGUUUUCCCCACUGCUGUCUGUCUAAAGGGUUUCCUUCCAGAUUAUCAUCAAGGCAGGGGCACAAGCCUAAAAAAGCAGACCAGUUCCUGGCCAAGUCACCUCUUGCCACAGUUGUAACCUGGGUGUAAAAUAGGAAAGCUAGUUUGAAAGAUUAUCUGCCAUCUAAUAGGGUAGGGAAUGCAGAAUUCGCCUGAUUCUUGCUCAAAAGGUGAAAGAUAGGGUCGGGUGGGGGGAGUAACCCAAAUUGUGUGAGGUUGGGAAGAAUCCAAGGAGGAAGGAUGUGCUUGGGCUAUUUUGGAAUCAAAUUCAAAGACGGUGUAAAGGGUGGUUCUGUCAGAGCAAGCAGUGGGUCCCACAUCUGAGCUAACUUGUGCUCUACUAGCAAGGCAAGCAUAUGAUGCUCAAAGAAGACAGUUGAGGGGGGCAAGUGUGCUACAGGAAAGUGUCAUUUGGGCAGGAAGCGUAUCUUGGAGAUGCUUAGGCUAGGAAGAUGGAGGAGUUGGGGUGAGUUUGAGUGGAAAUAACCUGGAAUGGAAAGUCUUCAGGCUCCUUGGCUUCUCUUGGGUCAAAAGUUACACCAAGCAUGAAGCUGUUAAGUACAUAUCCUUUUGUAAGAACUCAGGCUGCCCUGAAACCUGCCUAUGCUAGGGAAGGGAGUAGGAAAGGCUUACCUCCGUUCCUCAACAAAUCUUACUCUGGGUUGGAAGAGUGGGCAACUAUAGAGGGUGCUAGGAGUAGUCAAAAAAUCAAACGACAUAUUGCAUUGGGCAAAUCUGCAAAAGACCUCUUUAAGUGUUAAAAAGCAGAAGUGUCGCUUUGAGGACUAAGGUGUGCUUGACCCAAGCCGUGGUAUUUUCAGUUGCAUCAUAUGCAUACCGAAAGUUGGACAAUGAAUAAGGAAGAAAGAAGCAUUGAUGUCUUUAAAUUAGGGUGUUGGCAAAGAAUAGUGAAUAUACGACAGCCAGAAGAAUCAACAAAUAUUGGAAGAAGUACAACCAGAAUGCUCUUUAGAAAGCAAGGAUGGCGAGACUUUGUCUCACGUACUUUGGAUAUGUCAGGAGGGAUCAGUCCUUCGAGAAGGACAUCAUGCUUGAUAGAGGGUCGCUAUGAGUCGGAACCCACUUGACAGCACCCAACAACAAGGGGCUGAAGAAAAGGGAGGCAGAAGAUGCUUUCACAGAGCCUUGAUCGUGGAAAUAAGCAAGGACGUUAACAGUAACCCCAAAUCCAUGCUUCUGUAAUGUUACGCCCUUUCUUUGCGGUCUUGACACAGGUCUGAGCAGAAGCCUCCUGGGCGGGAAGCCAGGCACCGGUCCCACCUCGGUCCAUUCUCAGUCUGGGAGUCUCCUUUAAGAGGCGGGGCCGGAACUGGCCGUGUGUCACUGGCUUUGUACGUGUCGGAGGCGGAGUUUCAAGAAGGUUCUUGCAGCAUGGCCGCCGCCACCGCCGCCGCCGCCUUAGCGUUCCUGAGCCGGGAAAGCCGAGCCCGGGCGGGGGGUAUCGGAGGCCUGCGCGUCCCGGCCCCAGUCACUAUGGACAGUUUUUUCUUCGGUUGUGAGCUCUCUGGGCGCACCCGCUCCUUCACCUUCAAGGUAGAGGAAGAGGAUGAUGCCGAGCACGUGCUGGCCUUGACCAUGCUCUGCCUCACCGAGGGGGCCAAGGAUGAAUGUAAUGUGGUGGAAGUUGUAGCACGAAACCAUGACCAUCAGGAGAUUGCAGUCCCUGUGGCAAACUUGAAGUUGUCCUGCCAACCCAUGCUCAGCCUCGAUGACUUCCAGCUCCAACCACCUGUAACCUUCCGCCUAAAGUCAGGCUCUGGCCCUGUGCGAAUCACUGGGCGGCACCAGAUUGUUACUAUAAGCAAUGAUGUUUCUGAGGAGGAGGAGAGCGAGGAAGAAGACAGUGAGGAGGAGGAAGCUGAGUUGUGCCCUGUCUUGCCUGCCAAGAAGCAAGGGGGCAGGCCCUAGCCCACCUUGGUCAGCUAGCAGCCUGUGACUUGUGCCAUGCACCAUGUUCCUGGACAAGUCUCAAGAAUUUGAAAUGUUUCUUCUCUGUUGAAGAGGGGGGUUUGGGGCAGGGGGUGGUGGGUGCUUGGGUUGGUGCUAGGAGAAAAGGGGGCCCAUUUUACUUAGGGUCCUGUUGUAGACCUAGCCAUGUCUGGGGCUUUCCUUCUCUCUAGGGGUGGGAGGAAUUUGGGACUUCUGACCCUCUCUCCCACCCACCUUCCCAUGAAGAUUGGAGGUCAGUAGUUGAAGCUCAGGACUACGCAUUUUUACCCCUUUUUAUAUUUUUGGAUAAAGGUUGAAAUAAAAUAGCAUGAGUUUUUUUGCAAAUCAUGAGUGGCUUCUUCCUGUGCUGGGAUGACAUUCCCCUAGGGACCACCAGGUGGCACUGUGGCAGCAUCGAGGGUGGCCCUGGGCCUGGGAGAGUAUAGGGAAAUGUGGGAUCCUGGUAUCCCUGGGGCCUGGGCUCCAACUCUCUUGCUGGAAGGGGACCUCCCAACACCUAGACCUUUACCAGCCCUGUGGGUGGGGGAGGGCCAUUCCAGGAGGUUAUCAGUGUCCAAACAAGGGGUCUGGGCCUCUGUCAGCACUCAGGCUGA